AUGGAAAAUAUUUCUAGUUUGAGCAAGUAUCUUCUACAGCCAGGUAGGAUGUCACGCUUUAAUUAUCAUGAUUUUAAGACGUUCCAUGAGAGGGAUUUGAGUGACCUGUACUCUGAAAAACUGCAAACUGACAAGAAAGACGAGAGUCCUCAUGAAUUUUUGGGAACAAGAAUCACCGAAGUUCAAGAGCAAGAACAAGAAAAUGAGGAUAAAGAGCUUACAGAAGACGUCCGAGAUACAACGACGCCUAAACAUGACAGUGACGAUGAAAUAAAGAAUGACCGCGGGAAAUCAACGGAUGAAGACAAAACCAAAGGCUCCAAAGAAGACGAACGUAACUCAGAGACGUUUGUUGCUGUCAUCGCACAAGCAAUUCUCAGCGUCCCCACAAAGCGAAUGACUCUGAGUUCUAUCUACAAUUUUAUCGCACGGAACUAUCCGCAUUUUGACAAAGAGAAGGGACCAGGCUGGAGAAAUAGUGUGAGACAUAAUCUGUCCAGUAAUGACUGCUUUGUAAAGGCUAGCAGAGCCGAAAACGGAAAGGGGCAUUACUGGAUGAUCCACCCGAAAGAUCUACCAGAGUUUGCGAAAGGGAAUUUCAGACGACGCAGAAAACCUCGCCGUCCCAAGUGUAGCCAUCCUCUCAUGUUUAGAGAAACUCCAUUCCUUUAUCAUUCAUUUUCACCAAGCUUCUCAACAUUCCCCUACACGGCGCAUUUGAGAUCAGCUCCUGGUGAAGUUCCCACUGAAUUACCUGUACCUUUACCAUACAGCUCUACGGAGCGCACAUUGUCGCCUGCUUUCCGUCCAAGACUUGGCCUUUUGCCGGGGUAUGAUGAUGGCAGGGCUUUAGGCACCGGAUCCCAUGCGUUCACCUACUCGACAUCUGCGCUGAGAUUAGCCGAAGCAUCGACCGCCAGGAGCUUUCCAACAGCCAGUGGAUUGACAAACUUCCAUGGCUGUUUUCAUUAUCCGUGUGCGUGUCAUCGUUAA